GCUUCUCCUGCCAGCAUCCGGAGCCAGCCUGGAAACGGCCAGCAGCUCCUAGACCAACGCGGCUAGUGCGAGGCGACGCCUGCGCAGUGUGGUUGUAAGGCGGGCGCUGUCUUCGGAGCCGCCCACCAGGCCAGCGGCGCGAUGGCGGAGGAGGUGAGCAGCCUGAUGAAGGCCACGGUCCUGAUGCGGCAGCCCGGGCGGGUGCAGGAAAUCGUGGGCGCCCUUCGCAGGGGCGGAGGAGACCGCCUGCAGGUGAUUUCUGAUUUUGACAUGACCUUGAGCAGAUUUGCUUACAAUGGACAGCGAUGUCCCUCUUCCCACAAUAUUCUGGAUAACAGCAAAAUUAUCAGUGAGGAUUGUCGCAAAGAGCUCACCGAGCUCUUUCACCACUAUUAUCCCAUUGAGAUCGACCCACACCGGACCAUCAAAGAGAAGCUGCCCCACAUGGUGCAGUGGUGGAGCAAAGCCCACAGUCUCCUGUGCCAGCAGAGGAUACAGAAAUUCCAGAUAGCUCAGGUGGUUGGCGAGUCCACUGCAAUGCUCAGGGAGGGCUAUAAGACGUUCUUCGACACACUGUACCAUAACAACAUCCCUCUUUUCAUCUUCUCGGCGGGCAUCGGUGACAUCCUGGAAGAGAUUAUCCGACAGAUGAAAGUGUUCCACCCCAACAUCCACAUCGUGUCCAACUACAUGGAUUUCAGUGAGGAUGGUUUCCUGAAAGGAUUCAAGGGCCAGCUCAUCCACACCUACAACAAGAACAGUUCCGUGUGUGAAAACUCUACUUACUUUCAGCAACUUCAGAACAAAACCAACAUCAUCCUGCUUGGAGACUCCAUAGGGGACCUCACGAUGGCUGAUGGGGUCCCGGGGGUGCAGAACAUCCUCAAGAUUGGCUUCCUAAAUGACAAGGUGGAGGAGCGGCGGGAGCGUUACAUGGACUCCUACGACAUUGUGUUGGAGAAGGACGAGACACUGGACGUGGUCAAUGGGUUGCUGCAGCACAUCCUGCACCAGGGGGACUGCGUGGAGCUACAGGGCUCCUAAGGCCCAGGUUGGGCCCUGCCUCAGCUAUGAGGAGGUGUCCCUGCCCACAAAGCCUCCCCUGUGAGCACAGAGAGAAAGAAGCCCAGGGCAGACAAGAACUGCUGGGCCCUCCCACACCCCCUGACUCCUUCCCCAUGCCUCUGCCUCCCUCCUGCCUGGAAGAGGCUAGAGGGAGAUGUCACCUAUGGGAAGGAGGCAAGUGUGCUUCCAAGUAAGCCAUGGACCCCAGCCUUCUAACCACAGUGUGAACCUUCUACAGAUCAGCUGGUCCAAAGGUUCUCUCUCAGAAAGUUUUCAGAGCUGGGAAUACAGAUGGCUCAAUGGUGAAGCUGCUGCCUAGCAUGUGGAAGGCCCCGGGUUCCUUCUCCAGCACUGUAUGGGGGGGCGGGGGGGGGAAGAAAAGCUGUAUGUCAGACAAAUAUAAUGUGUGAAUCAAAUGGAAAUUAAAAAACCAGCUGGGCCUCG